CGAAACGCGAUGGUUUUUAUUCGUCCCCUUCUGUUCAUCGCGCGCGCCCGUCGCUACGCUACGAUACAACAAUGGCCCGUACCAAGCAGACUGCCCGCAAGUCCACCGGAGGCAAAGCGCCCCGCAAGCAGCUCGCAACUAAGGCUGCUCGUAAGAGUGCGCCCGCCACCGGAGGUGUGAAGAAGCCCCAUCGUUACAGGCCCGGUACCGUCGCUCUUCGUGAGAUCCGUCGUUACCAGAAGAGCACUGAGCUUCUGAUCCGCAAGCUGCCGUUCCAGCGUCUCGUGCGUGAGAUCGCGCAAGACUUCAAGACUGACCUGCGUUUCCAGAGCUCCGCCGUUAUGGCCCUCCAGGAGGCCAGCGAGGCGUACCUCGUCGGUCUUUUCGAAGACACUAACCUGUGCGCCAUCCACGCGAAGCGUGUCACCAUCAUGCCGAAAGACAUCCAGCUCGCUCGCCGUAUCCGCGGUGAACGUGCUUAAGCGGUGGCUGCAUCGUGCAUUACGCGCACCUCGUUCGCUGUAACAAAACGGCCCUUUUCAGGGCCACAAAA